UUAUUAUAAGGUUCAUUUUUUUUGGGUAGAUGUGUGGUUGACUUCCUUUGCUAGUUCGAUUCAAAAACCAUCUGCCCCUGGUUCCAUUUUGCAGUUCCGAUUAGACAUAAUCGUUGAACAGAUGGAGAACCCGGGCAGCAAGUACGACGUGUUCUUGAGCUUUAGAGGCGAAGAAACACGCAUGGGCAUCACGGACCACCUCUACUGUACAUUAAAAGACUACAAGUUCAAUGUCUUUCUGGACGAGGACGAAUUACCUAGAGGGGAUGCUAUAUCAGAAGAACUGACGCGAGCAAUCAAAGGGUCCAAACUUGCUGCCAUCGUGUUCUCAAAGCGUUAUGCGGAGUCCAGAUGGUGUCUUCAGGAGCUGGUGCAGAUCAUGGAGUGCAGAAAACGGGGUCAACUUGUUUUUCCGAUUUUCUACGAUGUUGAUCCUUCAGAUGUCAGGCAUCAGACUGGUAGUUUUGCAACCGCGUUUCAGAACCAUGAACAAAAGUUUACGGAAGAAAAAGUCCAGGAGUGGAGAGAGGCACUUACUGCAGCUGCAGAGUUGAGCGGCGAGCAUUUUCGAGUGAAUAACGGGCGUGAAGCAAGGUUUAUCAGGAAAGUUGUUGAGGAGAUCGCUAUAAAACUGCAGAAUGGAUGCUUAAAUGUAGCCGCAAAUCCAGUUGGAAUAGAUUCUCGCCGCCAAAAAAUCAGUAAUUAUUUUGAUGUUGGAGGAUCAAAUGUUGUUCGCAUAAUUGGAAUUUGGGGGAUGUGCGGGCUAGGUAAGUCAACAAUUGCAAAAGCCAUUUUCAACACAUACCAGGACAGGUUUGAUGGUGCAUGUUUUCUUGAAAAUGUGAGAAAUGAGAAAAUGGUUGAUUUGCAAAACAUUCUUCUGUCUAAAAUCUUGAGAUCGGCCAACAUAAAUGUGAGUACAGUCAAUGAAGGGACGGAGGAGAUAAAAACAAGACUUCGCAACAUAAGGGUUCUUGUCAUAAUUGAUGAUGUAGACAGUGUGAGACAGAUAAAUGCAUUAGCUAUAAAACAUGACUCGUUUGGUCCGGGAAGUAGAAUUGUUAUAACAACAAGAGAUAAAAAUUUGCUAAAGACACCUGAAGUGGUGGAUGAUGCAUGUUCUCUACCGACAAUGAAUAACAAUGAAGCUCUUGAGCUCCUUAGUUGGCAUGCGUUUCGAAAAAGUUCUCCUAAUGAAGGAUAUCUCAAAGUCUCAAGAGAAGCUGUUGAUUAUUGUGGGGGUUUACCACUUGCACUUGAAGCUGUAGGUUCUUACCUAUGUACAAAAACCACAAGUGAAUGGACAGAUGCAUUGAAAAAAUGGAAAAGACUACAGCCUAGCAUAACUCAUGAAAUUUUUAAGGUAAGUUAUGACGGGCUUACUGAUGACAAGGUGAAGGAUAUAUUCCUUGACAUAUCCUGUUUCUUUAUUGGAAUGAACAAGCACCAUGUCAUGGCAAUAUUGGAUGGGUGUGACAGUAAUCCAGCAAUAGGUAUUAAGGAACUCGAGGAGCGAUGCCUUGUAACUGUUGAUCCAGAAGGCAAUCUGAUGAUGCAUUGUUUGAUUCGAGACACGGGCAGAGAAAUUGUACGUGCUAAAUCCCCUAAGAAGCUUGAAAGUCGCUGUAGAUUGUGGCAUCAUGAGGAUGUAAAACACGUAUUGACGAAAAAAUGUGAAAAGAAAAAAAUCGAAGGAAUCACUUUAGAUUUUUCAGAACCUGACAAGCUUAGCGUCAGUACAGAAGCAUUCAGAAUGAUGCUGAACCUGAGAUUACUCAAAAUAAGAGGCGUAAAGUUCACUGGAGACUGCAAACAUCUUCCCGAAGAGUUAAGAUGGUUAAGUUUGUCUGACUUUCCUCUGCAGGCCAUACCAGAAGAUUUUAAUCAACCAAACGUAGUUGAUGUCGACCUGAGUUAUAGCAAUAUAAAAGUCUGGAAUGACAACGUGUCACUUGAAAAGUUGAAGUUUCUCAAUCUUGGUUAUUGUGAUCACCUGAAACAAUCACCAGACUUUUCAAGAAUCCCAAAUAUUGAGAUAUUGAUACUCGAAGCCUGUAAGAGUUUGUCCGAGAUUCACCACUCUGUAGUACAAUUGAAGAACCUUAAGUAUUUAUCUGUUGCAAAAUGCAAAAAUCUUGAGGAAAUCCCAGAUUUACCAACAAAUUUGGAAAUCCUGAAAGCGGAUGAGUGCAUUGCAUUGAAAAAGAUGCCAGAUUUUUCGGAAAUGUCGAGUAUGGUAGAACUGCAUCUGAAUCACUCCCCCAAACUCACUAAGAUUCUAGGCUUGCAUAAGUCGUUAAACACUAUGAGAAGGAUUCAUAUGGAAGGGUGCACCAAUCUCACUGCUGCUUUUAGAAAAGCAAUCCUACAGGGAUGGAGCGCGAGCAGAAAUGGUGAUCUUUUUUGCCCAGGAAAUGAUCUUCUAUCAGGGUUUACAUGCGUUGACCCUAAGGAUGAAAUAGUUUCUGCUCUUUUUAUCCCCGGAAAUGAUCUUCCAUCAGGGUUUACAUGCGUUGACCCUAAGAAAGAAAUAGUUGUGCCGCAAUGUUUUGGUGAUGAUGCAAAGGCAUUGACUCUGUGCAUCGUUUAUUCUUGCAACGACUCCCAAUCUAGUGAUUCUCUUUGCAUCUGUGUUGAAAAUCGUACCAAAGAAACUGAGAUUUCAAGCUCUCCAAUGUUUGCCACCGUACUAAAUCGCCAUGAAAGUAAUAUUUGGCUGGGACAUUUAUCAAACAAUACGCUUAAAGUGAACGCUGGGGACAAGAUAAAUGUUGGUGCAAGCUUUGUAGGACACGGGAGUACAGACGAUAUUCAUCUGAGGGUGCAGAAAAUAGGGGUUUACCUGGAGCAGGAAAAUGUAGUCGAUGAAUUUUCCAAUCCUAUGACACUUUCCAGUGAGUAUGACAAGGAGGUCAAUCUUAUGCAAGACGAGGUGAGACUCUUAUCUGAGGAGAAUCUAUCUCGUAAAAGACAGAGGUAUGACAAGGAUGUCAAUCUUAUGCAAGACCAGGUGAGACUCUCAUCUGAGGAGAAUGGAUCUCGUAAAAGGAGGGGGUAUGACAAGGAUGUCAAUCUUACGCAAGACCAGGUGAGACUCUCAUACGAGGAGAAUCGAUCUUGUAAAAGACUGAAGUCUAACGGUGUUGUAAGAAAUGCACAAUAAAUUGAUGCCCCAAUAAACAGCUGCAUGGACUAGGAGGAAAAAGAAAAAAAGGUCCAGUGGGUAAAGAUGACAAUAAAUAAUCAAAUGGAGCAAUUUGGAACAGUUUUGGACUUGGGUUGGAUAGCAUAUGGUUUGGACAUUUUGGUGUUUAAAAGGCGUUGAACGUGUGCUAAAAUCUGAAGGAAUCCUAGUUAAAGAGAUUGGAAGUUCAAAAAGAGCUUCCCAUGUGUUGCUAGCUGUUUGUGCACUCAUGCUUCCUUCACACUACCUUCCCAUGUGCUGCUAGCUGUUUGUGCACUCAUGCUUCCUUCACACUACCUUUCCAUGUGUUGGCUGAAACUGUCGAUUCCUAUCAGUGGAAAGACAACAGAAAGAUAGCAGAAAAUGUGUGUGUAAAAGGCCCAAAGUUGCUGCAUGUGUUUGACAAGGUGUAAAGACAUUGAACACCAUCAUUUGUUUUGCAUGUGUUAGUCCUUGCUUUGUGUUGUUUAUCAAAGCCACUUGUAUGGUUAUUUACUUUUCUGACAUGUAUAAAUAAGCCUUCUUGUAAGGCUUUGCGGCAUCCCAUUUGAAUCCCAUUCCAUCUACAAGGGAUCAGUUUGUAAACCUUACUUUCCAAAUUUCUCUCUAUCUUUGCUUUAAGUUUCAAUGUUUAUUUUAGAAUAUUUUUCGUUUA